UUUUAUAGAUUUUCUAAAGACUAGAAUGAAACAGAUACCAUACUGAAUAGUGAAUACUCAUGAAACAAAUUCAACAUAUUAUUUUACUACUCUACAAUUUUUUUUUUAAUGUAAUGCAUCUGAAAAAUGAAAAAUCAUCUCCGACCUUUGCAUGAUGUCCCCGUGAACGCAUACCCACCACCAAGGCCGAGGACAAUAUUAAAAAAACAACAUGAUUAGACAACUUAGCUCGUAAUUUUCAAUGGGAUUAUCAUAGCUAAUGACGAUUUUCCGUGGUCAUGGUUAUGUCCGUGAAUUUCCGGUAAGUUUUGAUCAAUAGUAUUUAAAUAGCACCACAGUCCAAACAUAAAACAGUUAUUGUGAUAAUAUGUAACAGAUUGAUCGAUUACGCAUUAUCGACUAUCGGCUAUUUGAAGUUAUACAUUUGCUAUAAAACUGAUUUGGUUUUUUAUAACGCACUCAAUUAAAAUAAACAAGAACAGUUUUGUAUUGAUUAUUAUUUUGCUUCAAAUCUAAAUAAAACAAUGUUCUCAAAUCUUUCAUUCAAAGAGAGACAAUAUAUAUUAAAAGAAUUUCCAGAACUAUCACCAAAUUUAAUAAAACGUUACGAAAAAACGUUUACUAGAUAUGACACGGACAACGAUGGAUAUUUGGAUGUCGAAGACCUCAAAGGAAUGAUGAUGGUGCGUGGUGUUCCAUGGACUCACUCAGCGAUUGUACGGCUUAUCAAAGACGCAGAUGAAGAUGGUGAUGGAAAACUGAGUUUUCGGGAGUUUCUGAUAACGCAACGCAAAAACGUGGAAUGGGCCCGCCGAGUGUUGUGUGCCCUGCCUGAGAUCGACGUGGGCCGCGUGGGCGUCAAAGGUGCCAAAAAAUACUUCGAAGCCAAACAGCCGUUGCCUCCACAAGCAAACCAUAAGAAUAAUAUGUCAUAUUAAAAGAACAACAAGCGAUUAUUGCACAUAAAUAAUACUUCAUAUAAUAUAGUGUCUCCAGGUGAUUGCCCCGCUUAACUUUUUUUCUGCUUACCUAUUAAUUUUAAAACAAUAUUACCUCGUAUAAUUGCUAUUUAUUACUAAACUUUAGAGAGCCAAAGUUGUUAUACUAUACCAUGAUUAUAUAUAGAUUGUAAUUUUUGGUUCACUUGAACUCGAAAUUAAGAAAAUUCAAUUUUUUUUUUCGUUUGUUAAACAUUUAAGAUGACCGCAACAUUAAUGUAAAUAUUUAAAAGUUAAAUUACUAAUUUCCACAUAGGUAGGUUUCUAACGUAAUUAGAUAAAUUUUCAAACAAUAGACAGGUGGCCAAUUCUAUAGCAGUAUUGGGAGCGCCAAACUGUUAUGUUUAAUGGCCAUUGGGUAACAAACACCACGAGACACACUCCAUCGGUAUAGAUACAAGGGUUACCUACGUCGAACAUUUUUGUAACACAUUUUUAACUCGUUUUAAAUGAGGAGUAAAUAUAUUAAAUUAUAUACUAAAUAAUUUAUUAGCACACGAUUCACGCUCUUGUUUAAAUCAAUUAUUAUUUUUUAUAAAUUAUAGUUUAUAAUGUUAACAUCAAUAAAAAAAUAACUAUAUAAUACUGUGUGUUAAUAUGAAUAAGAUGAACGUAUAAGAAAUAUAAAUUA